GUGUGCGAUUUUUUAUACUUAUCUUUACGUAUCUCUAACUUUUAAAAUUUAAAUGUCAUAAUAAAUUCAUUCAUGGUCAUGUGCGGACUGCGUAAUGCAGAAUGUCGUCGUGAUUGGCUAUCAAUAAAUAUAACAGUUCGAUCCACGUUCGAUUUUUAAUUUUACUUGCCGGCCAGAAUAAGUUUACAAAAUUUUUACAGUGUUACAUUUUCCUUCAUAAUGUGCAACUAAUAUUAAGUCUGUGCUAAUGUAUAAAUAAAAUAUUGAACCAGAAGAAAAUAACAAUAUUAAAAUGUUUAAUUAUAAAUAUUUGAGUCGGGAGCACCUGGAAGGCUUUGACAAUUAUAAGUAUAUGGCAAAAGACACCAGUCCCUUGAGUGUGUAUGUAAUGCAUCCUUUUUGGAAUAAAGUUGUGGAGAUUGUACCUCGAUGGGUGGCUCCAAACGUCCUGACCUUCGCCGGAUUCCUCCUCACCGUGUUGGACUUCGUACUCCUGUCGUACUAUGACUAUGACUACACAGCAGCCAGCACGAGGGUGAGGAACCAGACCCUCGCAGAAACCCUCGACGUGCCUUCUGAGGUGAUACCGCAGUCGCUGUGGUAUCUCCUCGCGGUGUUCCUGUUCUUGGCGUACACUUUAGAUGGUAUUGAUGGCAAGCAGGCACGUCGCACUCAAACCUCUGGUCCUCUGGGUGAGCUGUUUGACCACGGGCUCGAUUCCUACUCAGUCUUUUUCAUACCAGCCUGUCUCUACUCAAUAUUCGGUAGAUUGGAUUUCUCUAUCGCGCCUAUAAGAAUGUUCUACGUGAUGUGGAAUCUGCUUCUCAAUUUUUACUUGAGCCACUGGGAGAAGUAUAACACGGGAGUUUUGUUCCUGCCUUGGGGAUAUGAUUUUAGUAUGUGGGCAUCCACAUUCUUCUUCCUAUGGACGGGUGUGAAGGGCACGGCCUUCUAUAAGAGAUAUAUCUUCGGCAGCUACACUCUAGCUAACGCCUUCGAGUGGGCCAUAUACGGAACUGGCGUGCUCACAAACCUGCCUGUGGCCUUAUACAAUAUACAGCAAUCAUACAAGCUGCGUACAGGCAAGAUGCGGUCCCCCCUUGAAGCCAUGAGACCUUUGUGGUCUAUCCUCACAAUAUUCCUGGCGUCAGCUCUAUGGAUACACAACUCCUCGGUGGUGCAGUUGCAGCCUCGACUCGUGUUUCUGAUGAUCGGGACUGUAUUCAGUAACGUCGCUUGUCGCCUGAUUGUGAGUCAGAUGAGUAACCAAAGAUGCGAAGCCCUCAACUGGUUACUUUGGCCGCUGUCUGCUGGAGUACUCACCUCCAUCCUCUUCCCCAGCUACGAGAUGACCACCUUUUACCUGGUCACCUUGUUGUGUGUGGCUUCCCACCUUCACUAUGGAACUUGUGUUGUUCGGCAGAUGUGUGACCACUUCAGAAUAAGCUGUUUCCACAUUAAAAUGCGCUCCGAUUGACUUCUGGAUGACAAUGCGUGCUAACUAGUUUUAUCUGUAGAAUAGAAUCAUUAAUAUCGGGAUACAAGGUUUGUAACUCCAUUUAAACCAAUGAUAUUAUAAUAUGUACAGAUACAUUAAAUACUCAAAAAAAAAACAACUGAUAAAAGUGUUCUUCAAACCACAUUAACACAUCGAAAAAGCAUGCGAAAUCACUCGAUUGUAUGAAAAGUGCAGUCAUUGAUAGAUUGACAGAUGACGAAUAAUAUAAUCUUGUAAAGAAAACGGAGAUCCGAAAUCCACUACGUUUUAGCAACUGUUUCAAAUUUAGCCGGAUUAUACUUCGUUAACAAUCGCAAUAUUGUAAUUACUUCUAUUUCAAACUUUAUGUCAAAUCACUGCAUGUUUCAUACUAAAUUUCAAUUUUUACUUAAGCAGUCGCCUCUCGUAUUAUGUAGUAUUUAUAUCCUCUUUGCAUCGAAAUGAUGUUAAAAGAAUGGCGUGAUUAAAACGAUAAGAAAAAAAGAAGACUGUCACUUAGGGGUAAGUAAACAAACGUUGCUUUACUUGUCGAAAAUUAUCAAUAUGUGUCACAAUAAUGUUAGAAAGCACUCUAGAAGGAAGGUAAAACUAAUUGACAGCGCAUCGCUUUGAUGAAGACUUGUCUCUCCAGAUUGCAUGAACGCGGUAUAUUGCUAGCAAUACGGUAGGAUUAUUUUAUGUAUAAAUUCCGUCAAAGCAACGAAACACCCUUAAUGUAAUGGGCUCCCCACAGUUCAGAUUCGAUUUAUGAAUCUUCCAGUGCUUUAAGUAUAAACUGUAUAUCGGAACUUUAACCACAAUUGUCAGUUUAACGUUGAUUUGCUUAAUGUGGGUAGUCUUAAAAUUUAUUAGUAUGAGCAUGUAUUGGUGGUUCCUGCAGUUUCUGUGUAUGAGUUUAAAUUAAGAGCAUCCUUUUAAUCUAAAAAACAUUGUCCCAGGCUAAUAAUAUUACUUAAAACUGCAAUCCUGAAGGCAGCUUACAUAGUAUUUCAGUUCAAACUUCAUUCAGUCUGUAUCUUUAUGAUAAUGAUUUGAUCGCCAAUUAGUUACUUACACUUUUGAUCUUCAUUAUUUUUUAUACUACCAUUGAUACCUAAAGAAGCCAAUGAUCAGCUUCUUUUAAUGUCGACUCUAUCAUUUACAUCACUGUAACUAAAAAUAGUACUCAAACAAAUUAAUCUUAGAUUUAAUAUUAAAAGCGGAAAUUCAAUACGUUAAUAAAUAAUAAAUUAUUGGUCCCUUGUGGCUGGAAAAUACUGUAGAUAUUAAAACGGCAAAUUUCCUUCAAUUAAAUACUUGAGACUAUAUAAAUACAAAAAUCAAAAUAUUUCUUCGUAAUAACCAGCGAAUAAGCGGUCGCAAUUUGAGGGUAGACUGAAAAAUUAAAAUUACUACGCACUGCAAUUUAGGGGGUUCACAAACAACGCUUAUGCAAUGCAAUUGAAUGUCUGUAAAA